CCACUUACUAUAAAUGAUUCACUCAUUCAUACAUUUAUUCACUCAAUCAUAGCAAAAUGUCACCAAAGAAAGAGGAUGAGAAUGGUGAGACUAACUAUGAAGAUACCGAUAACAAGAAAGCUCUUGGAGGCAUUAAAACUAUGCCAUUCAUUCUAGCAAACGAGGUAUGCGAUAGGUUUGCGGGAACAGGUUUUCAUGCGAAUUUGAUAACAUAUUUGACCCAACAAUUGAACCUUCCGAUGGUUAAGGCUUCAAACAUAUUAACCAAUUUUGGAGGCACGUUAAGCUUCAUGCCCCUUAUUGGUGCUCUAGUUGCUGAUUCUUUUGCUGGCCGAUUUUACACCAUUGUCGUUGGUCUCCUUGUUUAUUUACUGGGGAUGGUUUGUAUUACCACAUCUUCGAUACUACCACAAUUUCGACCACCACCAUGCCCUACCAAAGAAAACUGCAUAGAAGCUUCAUCAUCACAAUUAUGGGUCCUCUACCUUUGCCUCCUCCUCACCUCUCUUGGGUCGGGCGCCAUCCGCCCUAAUGUGGUCACGUUUGCCGCCGAUCAGUUUGACAUGUCAACCGGAAAAUCAAACCCUAGUAGCGUGGGGCGUAACUUCUUCAAUUGGUAUUAUUUUUGUAUGGGACUCGCAACCCUAAUGGCUCUCACAGUUGUGGUCUAUAUCCAAGACCAUGCUGGUUGGGGCCUAGGGCUUGGGAUCCCAACCAUUGCAAUGGUUUUAUCGUUUAUUGCGUUUGUGGUGGCGGCUCAUCUUUAUAGAAGAGUAAAACCUGAAGGGAGCCCGUUAGUUCGGGUGGCUCAAGUCGUGGUGGCUAGUUUUAAAAAGAGGAAACUUGUCGUGCCUGGAGACACAACGCUUUUAUAUGAAAAUAAGAAACUGGAUGCCAGGAUUUCUGUUGAUGGAAGGCUUCUACAUACAAAUACUUUGAAGUGGUUUGAUCGAGCCGCGAUAGUGACACAAGAUGACAUGAAAGAUUCUACCUCCCCAAACCUGUGGCGGCUUGCGACUGUCCACAGGGUCGAGGAGAUAAAAUCUGUUAUAAGAAUGGUACCCAUUUGGUCCGCCGCGAUUCUUUUUGUCACUUCACAAUCCCAUCAGCAUAGCUUUAUUAUCAUACAAGCCGGAACUAUGGACCGCCACAUGUCCCCUUCCUUUGAAAUACCACCCGCAAGCCUGUCAAUCUUCAGUGUCCUCACCAUGCUCAUUUGUCUCUCAGCCUACAAACGGUUCUUCGUCCCAUUCGUACGUCGUUUCACCAAUAACCCUAUAGGCAUCACAAGCUUACAACGAAUGGGAAUCGGUCAUGCUAUCAACAUACUUGCAACAUUAGUCUCAGCACUAGUUGAAAUAAAGCGAAAACAAGUCGCUUCUGCUCAUAACCUGAUCGACGACCCAAAAGCCAUUAUUCCCAUAUCGGUUUUCUGGCUCGUUCCUCAGUUUUGUCUACACGGUAUAGCUGAGGCAUUUAUGUCAGUAGGGCAUUUGGAGUUUCUCUAUGAUCAAUCCCCCGAAAGUAUGAGAAGCACUUGUAUGGCGUUGAAUUGGAUCACGGUGUCCAUAGGGAGCUAUGUUGGCACAUUUGUGGUAUCGAUGAUCCAUGACCAUACCGGAAAGGAACACAAUUGGCUACCAGACCGAAAUCUAAACAAGGGGAAACUUGAUUACUAUUAUUGGUUAAUGAGUGGUAUACAAGCAGUCAAUUUAGUAUACUAUGUCACUUGUGCUUAUUUAUAUACUUGUAAACCACUUGAAUUGGUCAAAGAUAUCGACACUAAUGGCGAUUUGGAGUUAGCUACGGAGAAAACAUCUGUAUCGAAUUCGUUAUUGAACGGUCAAAACCGAGGUAGUGAAAAAAAUGAGGACCAAAGAGUGUAACAAGAAGAGAAGGUGACCAAGCAACUUAAAGUGGUUAGAUAGUUACUAACCAACCACAUUGUAAUAGUGUAUAUGUGUGUAAUGCGUUUGGUACAAAUCAACUCUCUCUCUCUCUCUCUAUAUAUAUAUAUAUAUAUAUAUAUAUAUAUAUAUAUAAUAUGAUCUUGAAUUUAGAAAAAAAGGCUCUAUCUUUUAUCUUUUACAAGUGAAAUGUAUUAUGGUUAUCUAUUUUAGGUUUAAUCACCAUCGUUAGAUCUAUGUAAAACGCUGUCAGAUUUAUAGAUCAUCGAUUUAUCA